AUGCCGCUCACCGCUCACGGAUUCGACGCGAAGGAGAUACACUCCAAAAUUCAACUCCUCAUUCAUGGGCUCGUCAACAUAAAGGAUGAGACAGGGGAAUUUCUUAUGACUCUUGCAGAUGGCCGAGUAAUAGACACAAAGGGGUGGAACGACUGGGAGUGGACGCACGGCGUCGGACUCUACGGAAUAUGGCAUUACUACCAGACGACGGGUGAUCCCAAGUAUCUGCAGAUCAUAGAAGAUUGGUUCCAAAACCGAUUCGCUUCCGGCGGCACAACGAAAAACAUCAACACCAUGGCAGCUAUGCUCACCUUGGCCUACGUGUAUGAGAAAACAAACAAUCCUACCUAUCUCCUCUGGCUCGACAGCUGGGCGGAGUGGGCAUAUCAUGACUUGGAGCGAACAAAAUAUGGAGGCAUGCAGCACAUUACAUACUUGGAGGAGAAUGACCAGCAGUUGUGGGAUGAUACCUUGAUGAUGACUGUGUUGCCGCUGGCCAAGAUUGGACUUGUGCUAGAUCGUCCUCACUAUGUCAAAGAAGCAAAAAAACAGUUUUUGCUGCAUAUUCAGUAUCUGUUUGAUGCUAAAACAGGCCUCUUCUUUCACGGGUGGUCGUUUAAUGAUGGUGGUCACAAUUUUGCCUCAGCUAGAUGGGCACGUGGUAAUAGCUGGCUCACCAUUGUGAUACCGGAGAUCAUUGAAUUGUUAGAUCUGCCUUCCGAUGAUCCGUUUUGCAUUCAUCUAAAAUCUACGCUCGCUGCUCAAUGCGAAGCAUUGAAAGCUUUUCAGGCACCCGGUGGCCUUUGGCGCACUUUAUUGGAUGUUCCAGAAGAAGAUGGAUCAUAUGUAGAAUCCAGUGCAACAGCAGGCUUUGCAUUUGGCUUGCUGAAGGCACAACGCAAGCACUAUCUGGAGAAGGAAUACAGAGAUACUGCCUUCAAAGCAAUUCGGGGUGUUUUGGAUAAUAUAGAUACGAAUGGUCAGUUGCUGAACACAUCAUUUGGUACAGGUAUGGGAUCAGACUUGGAGUUUUACAAGAAAAUUCCUAUUACACCUAUGCCAUAUGGCCAGGCGAUGGCUAUCUUGGCUCUUGUUGAGUUGCUCAGAAUUUUCAUUUAG